AUGAAUCUUGAAAAUCGGCCUAUAAUAUAUUAUUAUGGGGAGGACUCUGCUACAGAACACAUUAAAGAAUUUCAGUCAUCUGUUAUUUCUGCAGAACCGAUUCAGUGGAGUCGUUUUUCUCGUGAUCCUCCACAAAAUGUCCAUGUUGAUCCAAUUUUUUUGCCACUAAGCAUUUCCUCAAGCAAUUCAAAUGGUAUGAAAGUCCUUUCCUCCCAACCUGCUGACCCCGAUUAUUAUUCUAACAAAGGCAAACAAGCAUUUGGACACUGGAUCAGUUUUAUCACUAAAAAACUCAUAAAGGAGUGGCUUGUAAUAAUAAUAACUGAUAAGACGAAAAAGGUGGCUUUCAAAAACUCCAUUAUGACAAAGCUUAAACAUGACUUUUCCAUCAAUUUCACUGAUCACCUGUAUGAUCUUCCGAGUGAUUACGAAUGCCUUCCAGGAAUCCUUCAAAAUCUUCACGCUCGGCUUCGUAGUGCAGUCAUUCGUGUGUUCAACAGUACUCUGGAUGAAAUGGACCAAAAAACCGCUAGCCUGCUUCAAAGUUGUCACGAAAAAGAUUGGGAUUUCAUGGAAUAUUAUCUUUGUUUGGUGCGUAUUGCUGUUUAA